AUGCAGCAGAUCCUUGGCAACUUGCUGUGGAAGUGUUGUCUCGCGCAUAUUGACGACAUCUUAGUGUUCGGCGGUACAUUCGAGGAGCACAACCGCAAUCUUCGUGAAGUCUUGAGACGAAUGCGUGAGCAUGACCUCUUGCUGAAGGUGACGAAGUGUCGGUUCGCAUAUACCCACACGGAGUUCCUCGGCUACGUCGUGACUGACAAAGGUGUUCAGCCGGACAAGAAGAAGGUUGACAAGCUCCGUCGUUUCCCAGUCCCUACUACUGUUAAGGAACUGCGGUCGUUUCUAGGUCUAG